AUGUUUUUUUGUGAAUUUCAGGUGCUGAUAUUAAGCAGAUGCAGAAUAAGCAUUAUGUUGACUGCUUUGGGUCUAACUUCCUGGAGCACUGGAAUGGAGUCACAAAGAUCAAGAAGCCAGUCAUUGCUGCAGUGAAUGGAUAUGCUUUGGGUGGUGGUUGUGAGCUGGCAAUGAUGUGCGAUAUUAUCCUUGCUGGAGAGAAGGCAAGGUUUGGCCAACCUGAAAUCACAAUUGGCACCAUCCCAGGAGCAGGUGGCACCCAGCGCCUGACAAGGGCCAUUGGCAAGUCACGUGCCAUGCAGAUGUGUCUUACCGGAGAAAUGAUCACAGCACAGCAAGCAGAUGCCUGGGGCCUCGUCAGUUCUGUUCACCCCCCUGACCAACUAGUCGAUGAGGCAGUCAAGCUUGGAGAAAAAAUUGGAAAGCAUUCAAAACUUGUGGUUUCCAUGUGCAAAGAGGCCGUCAACAAAUCUCAAGAAUUAUCCUUGAAUGAGGGACUCCACUUUGAAAAGCGUAUCUUCCACGGGACAUUUGCCACAAAUGACCGCAAAGAAGGCAUGACAGCCUUUGUUGAGAAAAGGGCACCAAACUUCACAGAUAGCUAAAGUAUAUUGAAAGGAUUCAGGUGUGGCUGGGUUGAUGAAAUUUGCCAUUGUAUACUAAAAAAACACAGUAACACUAGGGACCCAAAUUUUUCAGAGAAGUAUGAGUUAGGUGAUUUGUGUAUCAUAGAUGUGUGAAUGACUUAACUUUUUGAAUAAAAUAAGAAAAAGUCA